AUGGAGAAGGAUGGAGUUGAAGAAGCCUUUGAUCGGUUCUCCAACUUGCCUGUACCCAUCAUUCAUCGUAUCAUGUCUUUCCUUCCAACAACUAAAGAUGUGACUCGUGUUGCCGUCUUGUCCAAGACACUUAAUUCUGUAUGUCACUCGUACCCGAUCUUAGAUUUCGAUCAACGUUCAUGGAAAAAAAUCAUGGGUUUUGAUUCAUUCUUGGAUUUCAUGCAAAAAUCUCUACAACAUCGUCGCGAAUCGAAUAUUGACAUAGAAAUAUUUAAGCUAUGCGUUAUCGACCAUGAUGGCAAAUCAGAUCAACGGAUUGAUGAGUCAAUUCGUUUUGCCAUAGAGCAUAAUGUCAAAGAGUUGGAUCUUAGAUUUGGAGAUUAUUGGAUACGUUCCCGCUAUAAGUGUUAUGGUCAGCUCUAUACAUUGCCAAAAACAAUAACUACUAAAUCCAUUGUUGUGUUGAACUUGGUAGGCCUCGCUUUCAAGUUUGAGGAUUUGAUCCCAAGUUUGAAUCUGGUUGAGCACUUGUCAAUUGAGCUCUGCAGUGUAUCAAGCAAUUUUACAAUUUCAAGCUCCAAGCUUAAGACUUUAGAGCUCCAGAAUUGCAAAGGAUUAAAGACUAUUGUGGUUGAUGCAGUCAAUCUGCAAUAUUUUUCACAUUCGACCUUUACUGGCUCUAGUGAAAUCAGUCUUGGCGAUUGUAAGAGUUUGAAAUAUGUAAAAUUAGAUAACACAGCCAUUACAGAUGACUGGCUCAAAAACCAUCUUUCUAAACUACUUCUACUAGAAAGUUUGAUACUGAAAAGCUGCAAAAUUCUUGGAGAGAUUGAUAUAUGUCAUCAAAAGCUCAAGCACUUGGCCUUGCUAAACUGUGACAAAUUGGUAAAGGCCAAGAUUGAGGCUCCAAAUCUAGUUUCAUUUUAUUUUUAUAACAAAAGCAGAUUUCCAGUGAUAACUUUGCAAUGUUCGAGUCAAAUUUAUGCAGAUCUCAUAUUGUUUGGAAUUUCUCCCACAAAUGAUGAGCAGUUCAUGAAUUUCAAGAACUUUUUGGGUUCUUUUAGCCAUUGCAAAUCGUUGUCGUUAACUUUACCGGACAUGGAAUUAAGUUUACUCGAGGAGUUGAGGAAUGCCUUACGAUCUCCACUGUUGUCUCUCAAGCAUCUACGUGUUCAAUUGUUUUCAUCAUCCAGAAGCUUACCAGAGUUGCUGGACAUCUUGCUUUGUCUUUCACCUUAUCUGGAGACCAUGUGUAUUACUUCGAAAUAUAAAGAAAAUUUCGAAGAAGUUGUUUUCCCUCUUCUAUUUUUUUGUAGUUUUCUUGGUCCAUCAUUAAUUGUAUUAAUGUAUUUUUCCCUUGUCAGUUGA